UACACGUGCCAUUCAAUCGCGACGUCUGUGAUUCAAUAAACAUGGCUGACGAUGCAUCUGAGAUGGACGUAGAAGUGAAGUCCGAAAGCGAAAGUGAUGACGAAGAAGAAAAAGAAAUGAACGAUGAUGCUGAAAAGAAUGAGGAAAAAGAAAUAUAUCUUCCAGGAAAAAAGUUUGCGGAAGACGAAACGCUUGUUUACGACCCAACAGCAUAUUACAUGUACCAUCGAGCAGCUACAGGAGCACCUUGUCUGAGUUUUGAUAUCAUCCCCGACAAACUUGGAGAACAGAGAGAUGAAUUCCCGCUUACUUGCUAUGUAGCUGCUGGAACCCAGGCAAGCAAAGGGAAACCAAACUUUUUGCUGGUAAUGAAACUGCAGAACUUAACAGAGGAGGAGAAGCAGGAUGACGAUGAAUCUGAUGACGAAUCUGAUGAUGAUGACCCGCCAGAGCUAGACAUCAUUCCAAUACCACAUGCGGGUGCUGUGAACAGGAUAAGAGUCACUGUUGUGAAUGAUGUUUCACUGGCAGCUACAUGGGCAGAGACAGGAACAGUGUAUAUAUAUGAUUUUUCUGCCGAGUUAAACAUGGUGGAUGACCAAAAUGAAGUUACAAAUUAUGUAUCAACAAAAAAUUCAGUCAUUCAGGCGUUCUCUGGUCAUCAGACAGAAGGUUUUGCACUAGACUGGUCACCUACUGUCAAAGGGCGUCUAGCAUCUGGUGACUGUGAUGGCUUUAUUCAUGUUCUGGAACCUAGAGAGUCACAGUGGGAUAUUAGUAAAGCGCCUUAUACUGGACACACAGGUUCUGUGGAAGAUAUACAGUGGUCACCUAAUGAAGACAGCGUAUUUGCAUCAUGUUCAACAGACCAUACAAUUCGUGCAUGGGAUGUGAGAGCUAAACCUAGCAGUGCCUGUAUGUUAACUGUGUCAGAAGCACACACACAUGAUGUCAAUGUCAUUCACUGGAAUCGCAAAGAACCCUUUAUAGCAUCAGGUGGUGAUGAUGGGGUCAUCAAAAUUUGGGAUCUCCGGCUCCUAAAGGAUAAAAAGCCUGUUGUGGUAUUUGGACACCACUUACAACCAAUCACAUCCAUUGAGUGGAACCCAAAUGACAGUUCAGUCUUUGCAGCAUCUGGUGCGGAUGAUCAAAUCACAAUCUGGGAUUUGGCUGUAGAGCCAGAGGAAGGGGCCUCAGACGAUCUGCCGAUUCCUCCUCAGUUGCUUUUUAUUCACCAAGGACAGUCCGAUAUUAAAGAGUUGCAUUGGCACCCUCAGCUUCCAGGGGUCAUCAUCAGCACAGCCCAAAGUGAUUUUAAUAUCUUUCGUGCUAUCAGUGUCUAGCCACUGAACUGCAGUAAAGUAAGGGAACUUCUGUUUAACUGUGUGCACUGUGCAUGUGAUUAGAAAAGUGAAGAGAAAUGAAUAUAUCAGAAACAGACCUUAAAUUUCGGUGUGGAGGGCCAGGGAGUGAUGUUAAUGUGGAUAAGUGAAAUAAAGCUGAGUGAAUGUUGCA